AUGGAAUCCGUUUGUCCAGUAUGUACAGUCUAUGGUGUAUCCCUAUUCGAUGUCUUGUUCUCAAAUUCUAUUGGACACGCACACUCAAACUUACGCGUGACCUGCCCUGCAGCCUUUGCGAAAGCUGAACAAAACUUUGGAAAGUUUAGAACAAAAAUGUCCUUUUCGAGAGCUGCUUUUAAGAGGUUCAAUGAACACGUAGUAAAUGUUAAAUUCAAGCUAGCGACUUAUUAUUGGCUCUUGUUUUUAGCUGCCGAGGCUGCUCUGCUGCCGUCCUCUCCUUCCGGUAAUGUAUUUGUGUCUCCAGUUCGGGGGACUUUAUCAGCGGACGGUCUUAACGAUUGCUCAAGUGCAAAGAGGGAGCGGAGUGGCAUGACCCUGGAGAGGAAGCAGCAGAAACUCCUGGAGAGAGAGAUCAACUCCCUGGUGCAGCAGAGGGGGGAGCAGGACCGACGCCUUCAGGUCCUGGAGGAGGAGCUGAAGAAGGUGGAGGCCAGGCUGCUCACUGCAGUCCGGGAGAAGACCGGCCUCAACGCCAGCGUGAUCACACUGGAGAGGCAACGGGCAGAGCUGACGAAAGUCAAGUUUUUGAAAGCCAAGGUUUCUGCUGACACCACAAAAAAGAGGAUCAAUUCUCUCACAAUGGAGCUGAUGGAAGCUAGGAACAACCUGGAUGCUAAAAACCAGGAGUUAAGUCUCCUUCAGAUCAACACUGAAAGCCAGCUAAAGGCGUUAGAGUCGGAUCUGGAGACUGCCAGGGCCACUGCUUCUGCUCUGAGUGACAAGAACAAAGAACUGGAGGAUCUGCAUCAUGUGGCCAAAGCUCAAGGCGAGGAUCUGGAGAAUGAAAACGCUCGGUUAAAUGUUGUAAUGCAAGAGCUGAGAGAGGACAUCCGAGUGCUUCAGGGAUACCUGGAUGAGGCGAAUGACCAGAUUCAGGAUCUCCGUUUAAAGAUCAAAGAGAUGACGCAGGAGAGCGCUGUGGCUGAUGCUCGCAUACAGGAACUAAAGUGA